GGUUGAUGGUGGAAUUUACGGGCGGUGACGGUAUGGGAAGCGGCAGAAUCCAGAAAUUUUCUGGGGCUGCAGCAGAUUGCAGAAAAGCGCUGUGCAAAGCAACACUCCCACUCAUCCCAGCUUUGGAAAGACUACCCCGACACAAUGGCUCCUGAGCUCCGUAAGAGGAAGUCCAAGCCUGCUCUGGCAGAGCCAGAGCCCGCCGCCAAAAAGGCGAAGGCCACCAAAACCACCCCGAAGGCCGAGAAGCGGAAAGCCCCUGAGGACGCUUCCCCGGUUGCCACCAAGAAGCAAAAGCCGUCUAAGGAUGUAGCCUCCAAGAAGACUGCCGCGCCGGCGAAAGAGGAGGUCGCUCCGAGGAAGUCGGCCGUGAAGAAAGAGAAGCAGGUGCCAAAGACCAAGACCACCCCUAAAAAGCUCGAGAAGGCCGCAGAACCAGAGCCACAGGAAGACGGUGAUGUCCCAUCCGAUGUGGAGCAGGAGGAGGUCGACGACGACACAGAAGCCCUUGUGCAGGCUCUCGACAGCGGCGACGAGGACGAGUCCAAAGACCAGAUCAGCACAUACAGUAAGGGCCAAGACGUCGGCAAGGUUCCGAAAGCGAAGAAGGCGAAAUACUCGGGCACCAGCAGCGGCACGCCGGGCGUCAUGUACCUGGCGCGAAUCCCUCACGGUUUCUACGAGCACGAGCUGCGGGCGUACUUUGGCCAGUUCGGCGACAUCACGCGGCUCCGGGUGGUGCGCAACAAGAAGACGGGCGCCAGCCGCCACCGGGCCUUCAUCGAGUUUGCUGACGCCGAGGUCGCCGACAUUGCCGCCCGCACCAUGGACAAGUACCUCCUCUUUGGCCACAUCCUCUCAGCAAAGAUCGUUCCGCCUGCCCAGGUGCAUCCGAAUCUCUUCAGGGGCGCCAAUCGCCGCUUUAAGGUUGUUCCGUGGAACAAGAUGGCCGGUAGGCAGCUUGAGCGGCCGCUUUCCGAGUCCCAGUGGCAGGCCAAGAUUUCCAAGGAGGAACAGAGGCGGGCUGCGAGGGCCGAGAAGCUGAAAGAGAUAGGGUACGAGUUUGAGGCUCCUGCACUCAAGCCUGCCGAGGCCAAACAGCUGCUGGAGAGCGGUCCUGGGAAGGAGCCCAAGGUGAUUGAAGCUCCGCCCGCGGCCGAGGAGGCCGAGGUGAAGGAGAAGGAGAAGCAGGCUGCGGAACCCGAAGCCACCAAGCCAAACACAACGAGCCCUAUGAAGGAGCCGGCUCCGCAGAAGAAGGGAAAGAAGGGCAAGAAAACAAAAGCAUGAGCGAGUGCUCAUAUUACUGCAGUUUUGUCACCCAAU